AGAUAAAAGAAAUAAUAAUAACAACACCAACAACAAUAACAGCAACGGCAACAACAAUUCAUACCAACAACGACAACAUGCAUCUUGAAAUUCAAGUCGCAUUAAAUUUCGUUAUAUCGUACCUCUACAAUAAACUGCCACGAAGACGUGUCAAUAUAUUUGGUGAGGAACUGGAAAAGGCAUUGAAGGAUAAAUUUCAAGGUCACUGGUAUCCGGAUAAACCGGUUAAGGGUUCAGCAUUUCGUUGCUUAAAGACCGGUGACCCCAUCGAUUCGGUAUUAGAGCGCGCCGCUCGCGAGAGUGGUGUACCCAUAACUGAUAUAUUAGAAAAUCUUCCGAAUGAAUUGUCAGUUUGGGUCGAUCCAGGAGAAGUCUCUUAUCGUAUAGGGGAAAAGGGUGCCGUCAAGAUUCUAUACUCGGAGAAUAGUGACAAUCAAGAAGAUAACACUUCUGCCGAUCGUGAAGUUAAUAAGACUUUUAAUCCCGAAGCCCAAUGCUUUCGUCCUAUCGAUGCUGUCAAUACUAGCAUGAAUAAUUUGAGCUUAAGCCCCAAAACGUCACCCUUGGCCGGCUCGUCACCUUUAUCAGCCUCAUCUAAUUCGCCAACUUAUAAGGGUAGUCCCAAUCCAGCAGUUGCUGUUCUCAAUGGUGGCUCAUUUAUGCAACGCUCACAAGCUCCACUAACUUUUACUACCGCCACAUUUGCCCAAACUAAAUUCGGUUCGACAAAAUUAAAGACUAGCUCCAAAAGAGCCAACAGCAGCUCCUAUCGUAUGUCGCCCACUGAAUUUUCCAACUAUAUAAAACAGCGUGCGAUGCAACAGCAGCAAAUACAUCAUGGUCAUGGUCCAACAGCAUCUGUAGGACCAGCACCACAAGCACCCAGUCAUUUUGGACCGAUAGGUCCGGUAUCACCGGCUCGUUCUUUAUCACCCAAUCCACUUUCACUUGGUUUGGGUCAAAACGGAGCAAAUGAUCCCUUUUACUUCCCAAAUAUGGCCAUGAGCAUGUAUCCGCAAUUUAAUGGACAUCACCGCAAUAUAUUCGAUACGCAUUUCCAUUCGGAAGCUAGCAACCCCGGUUUGUACGGCGGGCCCUUAAGUAACGGUCACGGUAAAUUUAAUAAUUUUCUGGAACCACAUGGCUUCUUCGGCUUAACCAAUCAUUUGCAAAGUCAACAACAGCAACAACAGCAACAACAGCAACAACAACAACAGCAGCAUCCAUCUCCAAUACCAAACGUGAACGUCGGCACCAAUGCGACUAUAAGUAAAUCAUGUAAUCCUAGUGAGAAACUUGGUAAUAGCAAUAACAAAGACAUCACCAGUAACGGUACUAAUGGCACAACCAGUGUAGUCAACAACAAUAAUACGGCCAAUAUAACCGUCACUGUCACUAGUGGCAGCGACGCUGAUAGUACUCUCGCAGGCGUAGGCUCAUUUGCCAACUCUAUUGCAACAACUACCGAACGCCAAACCGCUGCUAAUGCCGUCGCCGCUGUAGCAGCAGUCGCUGCAGCUACUAAUACCAAUAAUAGCAACAGCAAUUCUCAAGAGUCAAACUCCAAUACAGCAACUACUGCUGUUGCUACUGCCGCUGCUGCAGCAACCACUUCAAACUCAAAACUAAUUGAUGGUCUCAAUUCGUUCUAUUCCAAUAAUACUGGCUCCUAUCAACAAUUAUUGGUAGCCAAUUAAAGACCAUAUAGGCAUAAUAUAUUUCUCUCAAUCGCCUCGUCGCGCCGAGCAGAAUCCUAAAAACACAAACCAAAAAAGAAUCUUAAAAAGAAAUAUAUAUAUGAAAAAAAAUAUAAAAAAUUAAAACAAAAAGAAAAAAAAAAAUUAUAAUAAAAAUUAAAAAAAAACAAAACAACGGCAGAGGUACUACAACACAUGCUCUAUCAAUCUAAGUAACCCUUUCUCUUUCUACCUUUCUCUUUUUCUCUUACCAUGCAAUUAGAUAAAAGCUAUCAUUAUAGAAAUACGAUGACAGGCAUACUUACAUAAACUAAAAAACACAAAAAAAAACUUUACAUCAAAAAAAGAGGAGAGAAUACAGAAAACAAAAUAAAAUACAGA